AUGGGUGAGAAGCAACCUGAGGCAGCACCACAGAUUGUGGGUGCAAAUGGACUCGAUGAUGCUGUGGUGUAUCUCGAGGGUCAUGCAGGUGGGACAGACAGCCCACAAGUUGAUCUGCGGGCGCUCCGCUGGAAGAUCGACUGCCGGUUGAUGCCCUACAUGUUUUGCUGUUAUGUUUUACAGUUCCUUGACAAGGUGAUGCUGAACUAUGCGGCUGUGAUGGGAAUCAAGAAAGAUUUGAAACUUGUUGGUAAUGACUUUUCCAAUACUGCCACUUGGUUUUUUAUUGCCUACUUGAUCGCAGAGGUUCCCAAUGUCUACUGUCUGCAAAAAGCACCACCAGCGAAAUGGCUGGGGGGAAAUGUGUUCCUCUGGGGAAUCGCAGCCGCCGCCUCAUCUGGAGCACAGAGCUACAAAGGUCUCCUGGUAGCACGAAUCUUCCUAGGAAUCUUUGAAGCCACAAUUGGUCCGUCGUUGAUGCUGAUUAGCAGCCAAUACUACACUCGAAGUGAGCAAGCUCCUCGAUUUACCGUGUGGUACAUGGGCCUUGGUGUUGCCCAGAUUCUGGGUGGUCUCAUUUCCUUUGGCUUCCAGCAUGUACAUCAUGCCUCAAUGGAAGGCUGGCGAAUCAUGUUCCUCGUUCUUGGACUUAUUACCUCUGUGGUCGGUGGUCUGACUUUUUUCUUCAUCCCGGAUACACCGAUCAAGGCUACCUGGCUGUCUGAGAGCGAGAAGGUCGCCCUCCUGGAACAUGUUAGCGAGAACCAGACUGGAGUAUGGAGUACCACCUUGAACUUGAGCCAGAUUUUGGAGGCUGUGUGUGACGUCCAGUUGUGGCUCUUGACUGUGACAACUAUUUUGAUCUCCGUAUCUAGCGGUGUAGUGACAACCUAUUCAUCGACCUUGAUCGCAGGGUUUGGUUUCACGGGACCUAUCUCGGCCCUUCUCAACACGCCGGGCGGCAUCGUUAGUAUCUUUUUCACCCUCCUCGUAGGAUUCGGAAUUCGUCGUACCUCACACCGCUGGGCAUGGAAUGUGCUAUGUACGAUUCCCGGGAUCAUCGGUGGAGGCUUACUGUCCUUCCUCCCGAAGACCAAUAAAGCCGGUGUGCUAAUUGGUAUCUAUCUGGUCAACGCAAUUGUCGCCACUCUUCCAAUUCUUUACCAGUGGACUAUGGCCAACUGUGCUGGACACACCAAGCGCGCAUUUGCUAGUGCACUUGUUGCCGGAUCUUUCUCGGUUGGAAAUAUCAUUGGCCCGCAGACAUUCCAGGCCCAUGACGCGCCGGAAUACCGCCCUGCUAAGAUUGCUGUUCUUGCAACUCAGGCUGCUGCCGCCGUCCUGUCGGUUGUCCUCUUCCUCUAUUAUAUGUGGGAGAAUCGCCGUAGGGAUCAAACUAAGGGAGAAGUUGACGAUACAAUGAUUGAUGAGACGAAGUGGGCUGGGCUCACUGAUAAGCAAAACCCUUCUUUCCGCUAUGUCUACUAG